AUGUCCGUCACGCUCCACACGUCGCUGGGUGACCUCAAGAUCGAGGUGUUCUGUGAGGCCGUGCCCACGACGGCCGAGAACUUCCUCGCCCUCUGCGCAUCAGGGUACUAUGAUGGUUGCCUGUUCCACCGCAACAUCAAGGGAUUCAUGGCGCAGACGGGCGAUCCCACUGGAACAGGGAAGGGCGGACAGAGCAUCUGGGGAGCACCAUUUGCAGACGAGGUGCGACAGACACUCAAAUUCAACGCGCGCGGGAUCGUUGCUAUGGCCAACGCCGGGCCUGGAACUAACAAGUCCCAAUUCUUCAUCUCGUACGCCAAGCAGCCCUCGUUGGACGGCAAGUACACAAUCUUCGGACGCGUGAUCGAUGGGCAGGACAGCACGCUCGACAUGAUCGAGCGCGUGCCCGUCAACGCCAAGAACAGGCCUGAGAGGGAGAUCAAGCUUGAGAGUGUCACGAUCCACGCCAACCCGAUAGCAGACGCGCACAAGUAG